AGAAGAGUGUUCUAAAUGGUCAUUGCGUAAUAAGGUACAAAAACAAAACAAACAAAAAAAAUGUUAAAUAUGGUGGCACCACAACAAUUUUGUGUUCGAUGGAAUAGUUACCAUUCAAAUUUACAAAAUGCAUUUCCAAAAUUAUUAACGUCAGAACAUUUUGUGGAUGUUACAUUGGCUUGUGAUAAUGGGCUUAUUAAGUGCCAUAAAGUUGUGCUGUCCGCAUGUUCAAACUAUUUUGAAAAUAUUUUAAUCCAAAAUCCAUGUCAGCAUCCGACGAUUGUUUUAAAGGAUAUGAAAUGCCGUGAAGUACAAUCUCUAGUUGAUUUCAUGUAUAAAGGUGAAGUCAAUGUAACGCAAGAAGAAUUACCACACUUAUUAAAAGCCGCUGAAGGUUUACAAAUACGCGGUUUAUCUGGAUCAGAACAGUGUCUUAGUCAAAUGAAUAUAUUAUGUCAAUCACCAACAAAACCACAAUGUCCACCUUUGGCACCCGUAACACCACACUCAGGACAAAUACCCACUGCAGCUAUACCAAAUGUUGAAACAGCCACUGCUAGUUCCAUCACACCUACCUCAUCUGCAUCGAACAAUGAUCAUAAAUUAAUGAAUCAUAUAAAAAUUGAAACAGAAAUCCAAAAAGAAAAUAUUGAUGUGAAUCGUGAAACAAAAAUAAAAUCUGAUACAACGGUAUCAGUUAAUGGUGAUCAUGAAAAUAAGAAUGAAGAUAGCCAGGAUGGAUUCGAAUCUGAUGACAAAGCAAAAUCUGAAUCAACAAUAAAAGAAGAAGAAAUGAAUUACAAUGACGAAGAUUUGGAAAUGGAUUAUUUAGACGGAAUGGAAUAUGACGGAAAUGAAGCUAAUGGACCUGGCACAUCAGAUAAUCAGUCUCAAUCAUCAGAUUACAAUCCUGCCGCAAAUGUCAGUUGUUUAUAUACGAAACGGAUACGACGCUCAGAAACAGAACUACGACAAGCAGCUGAUUGUAUAACCAGAGGACAAACGUUUCAAAAUGUAUCGGACCAAUUUAAUAUUCCAAUAUCUACAAUAAGAUUUUUCAUGGCAAGAAAAGGUAUAUUACCAAGACGUAAACGUGGCAGGGGAUCAUCGGCAAAUGUAAUUAGCAGUGGCGGUUUUCAUUCAAAUGCAUUAAGCGGUGGUGAUCGGUCAGAUUGGAAUGGACUUUGAUCAGAUUUUUGUUGGAUUGAAGAUAUAAUUUGUCUCUUCAUUACGUAUGAAGAAAACACUCUCACAUACACUUAAAUACAAUUUUUUUAUACCAAAUAUUUUUUAAAAAUAUUUCCUAG